AGGCCAGCGCUGCGAGCUCUUGGGCUGGGCAUUUACAGCUCCGUGUGUUACAGCUCACUAAAUGCACUCAACUUCUUGAAAAGCUGGUUUUUCCCUCUUGGGAGGGGCUGACUCUACCCUUCAUGAAAUUUCCAAGGCUGCUGGUGCCCUGCCCAUCAGGAAAUACCUCUCCCUGUCACUCUAUAAAUGUCCAAGGUGGCCCUGAGGGAGGAAUUCUGUGGCACAGCUGCCUCCCCAGGACGUGAGAUUCAGCCACCCCACCAUGAGGUUUCUCAUCCUCUCCAGCCUGCUCUGCAUCUUGCUUCUCUGCUUCUCCAUCUUCUCCGCAGAAGGGAGAAGGCACCCCAGGCAUCCCGCCCGGCCCGCGAAAGGCCGGCCCUGCUGUCCCGGAGCUCGGACCGCUGUCCUGACGAACCAGAAAGGACGCCCCGUGAGGAUCUGCAGACAGUGCAAGUUCAAGGCGCAGACCCGGGUUUGGGUGGUGCCUGGAGCACUCCCACAGGUGUAG